CUCUAUUUAUUUUAUGUUCUCUGAUCGUAGUACGCACGUGUAUGUACACGUACACUUGAUUCGUCAAUAAAGAUUCUGUUUUGUAAGCGUCACAAAAAUUUUAUUAUAUUUAUUUAUCUUAUAAUAUUGUGGAAAAAUAUAUAGAGACAAGAAAGUGUGCACAGUAAAUUAUACAUAAUGACGCGAAGCGAUACUGUGAUUACUAAGAUGGAACACGUGGAAGAGAGUUUAAAAGAUACUUUAUACAGAGUUGAAGUAAUUGAGAAAAAGCUAAAAACAAAAUUACUUACUACGGAAAAUCGUGAAAGAUUGGAAAACGAAUUAGAAGAAGUUAAAGAAGUUCUUAGAAGAAAUGAAAAAAAAUUACAGAGUUUAAGAAAGGAAAACUCAAAAUCUUUUAUGGUAGCGGCAUGUUUGAUUUUUGUAUGUUUUCUUCUCUAUGGAAUAUAUCUGAUGAUUUUUGGGAAUAUUUAGUGGUUAUAUACUAUUAGGGGAGAAA